AUGUUGAAGACUACAUACUCUCUUAAGCAACUUGGUACCGUAGACACCUUUCUUGGCAUUCAAGUCCGCAUGACACCAACCGGACUUAUAUUGCAUCAGACGAAAUAUGCAAUGGAUUUGUUGCUUUCCGCUGGAUUUCCAAACUCCUCCUCUGUGCCAACACCAAUUACAGUCAAAUCCUCAACUUCAGAUUCGGCAAAUCAGCAGUUUGCUGAUGCUUCUCUUUUUCGCUGGCUUGUCGGCUCUCUCAAUUAUCUUACCAUCACUCGGCCUGAUAUUGCCUUCGCCGUUAAUUCAAUCUGUCAACAUAUGCAUGCUCCUACAAAUGCUGAUUUUCUAGCUCUUAAACGCAUUCUGCGCUACAUUCAAGGCACAAAGAGUUAUGGGCUUCCCCUUCAACCAGGUAAUAUGGAGCUUACUACAUUUGUUGAUGCCGAUUAG